GAGCUCCAAUUGCCAGGCAAAAGCUGCGGAUCUCUGAAUCUCAAGCACUCUCUAUACACAGUUUCAGAAAACAUGACCAGCAUAGACGAGCUUUUUAAGAAACCCUCGCUACCCUCAGGGCAGAAGCGCAAGUUUGAACCAGUCAGGGAUCCCAACGAAAUUUAUAAAUCUGCUAAACUCGACACCAACGGUGCCGCAAGCGGGAGUCGCGCUGCGACGGUAGACGAUGCGGAAGACGAAGAUAUCGCCGGUCCUGAACUUCCACCAGAUUUCGGACAAGAAGAUAUUCCAGAUGAUGAGGAAGGCCGAUUCUUUGGGGGCGGAGUGACACGGGAUACAACCAAUGCACUAGAUUUCAUAGAGCAGCAGGAAAAAGAGGGCGUAACGGCAGGAAAGAUUGAUUCUGCAUGGCUAAAACGUACCGCCCUCAAUUUUGAAAAGCGUAUUUCCAAGAAUGCAGAGCUAAGAGCUAAAUAUGAGUCGGAUCCGCAGAAGUUUAUGGCAUCAGAGGCAGACUUAGAUGUUGACAUCAAGGGGUUGUCAAUUCUAUCUGAGCAUCCGCAACUGUACCCAGAAUUCGCCGAACUUGGUUGCGUUGGUUCCCUAGUUUCGCUGUUGGCUCACGAAAACACGGAUAUUGCUAUUGAUGUCAUCGAAAUUCUCGCAGAAUUGACAGAUGAGGAUGUGGAAGCGGAAUCGGAACAGUGGGAAUCUUUAGUGGAUGCCAUGCUAGAUGCAGACCUCAUUGAGCUUUUAGCCCAAAACCUUUCCCGACUGGACGAGGAUAUUGAAAGUGACCGGGCUGGAGUGUAUCAUAUAUUAAAUGUCCUGGAGAAUCUAUCUUCGCAGUCAUCCGUAGCAGAGAAAAUCGGGCAAGAGUCAGAGAUCAUGCCUUGGCUUUAUGCACGAAUACAGAAGGGAGAAAAAUCAGUUACACAAAAUAAACAGUAUGCGGCGGAGGUUCUUGCGAUUUUAUUACAGUCAUCCCAAAAAAAUCGCGAGAGAUUUGCUGGCCUGAACGGGGUGGACACAUUAUUACAGCUGCUCAGUGUAUACAGAAAACGAGAUCCCGAAAAGGACUCCGAUGAGGAAGAAUAUGUUGAAAAUCUCUUUGACAGCCUUACUUGCGUCGUUGACGGGGCCCUGGGGAAGGAGAAAUUCGUUGAAGCCGAAGGCGUCGAGCUUGCACAGAUUAUGCUCCGAGAAGGCAAAAUGAGUAAGCCUAGGGCUUUACGGGUGCUUAACCAUGCCGUUGGCGGAAAAGACGGAGCGCGUGUAUGCGAACAACUUGUUGAAGCAGGAUUAUUAAGAACUGUAUUCGGCAUGUUUAUGAAAAAGCAAGAUAAUCAAACUGUCGAGCAUCUCCUUGGAAUAUUUGCGUCGCUCUUACGCCUGCUCCCCGGUGAAUCUGCAGGACGCAUUCGAACCCUAGCAAAGUUCGUAGAGAAGGACUACGAGAAGGUCAGCCGACUGGUGCAGUUCCGACGAGGGUACGCAUCGAAACUGUUACCAAUCGACCAAGCCAUUGCCCAAGAAAGGGCGAAUUUGAGCAAGGAUGAGCAAGACGCAAUGGCAGUUGAAUGGCUCUCUCGAAGAUUGGAUGUCGGACUCUUUUCGUUACAGAUCAUCGAUGUCAUCCUUGCUUGGCUUGUAGCUGAAGAUGAUGGCGCGAAGGCGAGGAUAAAGUCACUCUUAUCAGACCAAGACCAAGAUCUAAGUAUAAUUCGAGCCACCCUUGAAGAACAAUUGAGCGGCUUAGAAGGCCCAGAAGGAGAGGAAGAAGAAAAGGACAUGCUUACGACUCUCUUGGAAUUUAUAUAA